CGUGCGCACAGGUGUUGAAUUUCAGGAAGAGUAGGGUUGAACUAUGUAGGUGUUUUGAAUUGAAUCUGAAAAGUAGACGGUCAAGAAUUGCCACUUUCUCUCGCGAUCCUGUAUCUGUCCGGUAUUUUAAAUCAGUUAGAUAUUUAAUUAGACUUAAAAGCAUUACCUUCAAAAUGAGUAAAAUUUCAAAAAUGUUUAAAGUUAGCUCAUCAAGCUCAUCCAGCUCCAGGCCUAGUUCUGGUUCUAGUUCUGGAUCCAGUACUAGAUCUAAACAUCGGUCCAGGUCUAGUCCAUCACCUCAAGAAGCCAUCAACAGACUGAGAGAGACAGAGGCCAUGCUAACCAAAAAACAAGAAUACCUGGAGAGCAGAAUCGAGCAGGAGCUCACGAUUGCCAAGAAGAAUGGCUCCAAAAACAAGAGAGCUGCACUUCAGGCUCUUAAGAGGAAGAAACGUUUUGAACAGCAGCUGACGCAGAUUGACGGGACCCUGUCCACUAUUGAAUUCCAACGAGAGGCCCUUGAGAAUGCCACCACAAACACAGAGGUUCUGAAGAACAUGGGUUACGCAGCUAAAGCCAUCAAAGGGGUUCACCAGAACAUAGAUCUGGAUAAGAUUGACUCCCUUAUGCAGGACAUUUCAGAGCAACAGGAAGUCGCUCAAGAGAUCAGUGAUGCCAUCUCAAAACCUUUUGGGGAUCAGUUUGAUGAGGAUGAAUUGUUGGCAGAGCUGGCGGAGUUAGAACAGGAAGAACUAGAAGAAAGUAUGAAGAAUAUGGGCAGGUUACCAAGUGUACCAACCAGCAAACUACCCAGCGCAAGGCCAAGCCACCGUGCAACCUCAAAGAAGAGAGCAGAGGAUGAACAUGACAUGAAGAGGUUGGCUGCCUGGGCUUCAUAAGCAGCAGUACACACACACACACACUCUUUCUUGUUUUUGUUAACUUGCACUCUAUCUCUAAAUCAAAGAACUUGUGUCAAAUCAUAAGAGCUUUUAUUGUGUAAAAAAAAAAAAAAACGAAAGAAAAGUAGAGAAAUUGAGAUGAACAUUUGUAAUUGUAUUCAAAGUAAUAAUUUUGUUAUGUAUUGAUCUUUAAGAUGAAGGAUUACUGCUGGCAACUUGGUGUACAUAGUAUCAUUUUAUUAGGAAGGAUGUUUAAAUUAAAUGUAAAUAUAGAUUGAAACAAUUGUAUUAAAUGUAAAUGUUGAAUUGGGAUUUGGGAAAAAAAUAAAAUGUUACAUAUUCAA